AGACCUAACUUUUACGCAAAAUUUUGGGAGUUUGAGCACAUGAAAACAUAGAAAACUAGCGAUUCUUGAUGCAACUCGCAUCAAAAUCCGCUCCGCAGGUGGAGAUCGGAGAUCGUAGCAGAAAGAGAGAAUCGUCCGGAGAGAUGGCCGGCGCCAGGCCUCCCAGAAAGCCGGUGAAGUCAAAAAGGCUGCCGGUAGAUCUAUAUGCUGCACAAUGUGAGGAAUGCUUCAAGUGGAGGUUGAUAAGUACCCAAGAGGAGUAUGAGGAUAUUAGAAGUAAACUGAUAGAAGAACCCUUUACUUGCAAUAGGAAAACUGAUACUUCUUGUGAGGACGCGUCCGAUAUCGACUAUGAUGCAACUCGAACUUGGGUGAUCGACAAACCUAACAUCCCAAAGACCCCAGAAGGUUUCAAGAGACGUCUGGUGCUAAGAAAGGAUUUCUCUAAAUUUGAUGCUUACUAUAUCACACCGACUGGGAAGACGGUGAGAUCCUCUACCGAGAUGCUAUCCUUCAUAGAAGCAAAUCCAAAAUACAAGGAUAUACCUCUUUCAAAGUUCAGUUUUGCAGUCCCAAAAGUAAUGGAAGAAACUGUACCUGAAAGCAUCUUAAGAGAGGAUUUAAGUAGCAGUAGUGCCAAAAGAAUUAAAAAGGUUAAGGAUAAAUCUGCCCAUACUGACUGAAGAUCAGACACGGCUCCUUGCAGUAUUCAAGUUUCUGUACUUUGGAAAACCAAUUGAUGAAGGAUUAUGCUGCUGUUAAUCUGAACUCUUGUGGAUGGUUCUAUUUUGCCUUAAGAUGUAGGGUGAUAAUUCUUCUAUUGUACCAUCUUUUUGUUCACUACUAAGAACAAUUGUAAAAUAUAUGUAUCAUAUGGCCAUAGUUUUUAAGACAUGAGAAGACCCUUUGAUUUAGGGUGAGUUUGGUAUUAUUUUUAGGUGUUGAAAAGUAUUGUACUUUAUAAAAUUUUCAGUGUUCAAUUA